AUGUCUACAGAAUUCAGACACCAUUCCCCUUAACUCACCAAAACAAUAGAAAUAGAAGAUCACAAAAAAGAGACUACUUAUAGAUCACUUCAAGUUUCAAAAUCCAUCAAUGUGCUCUCAGAAUAGCAUGAUGAAUAAACUAUCAUGAUUAAAAAGAAGAUAACAAACUAAUAACUUAGUAUCUUCAAUGAAGACUUAAUAAAUAGAAAAUAUUAGUAAAAUAGCCCUGAACAAGAGCAAAACAAUCUUUAAACAUCUUUGAACACUUUAAGAAAUAAUGAGGAACAAUAGAUGCAAUCGCUUUCUAACAAGGUUUGUUACUUUUGUUGUAAAGAUAAGAAUUUAAUUUAGAUAUGUCCUUGUUCACAUGCUCAUCAAAGUUGUGCAACAAGUUACAUUUAAACUGGCAGCUUAAUGAAAAGAAUAUCUUGUUAAUAAUGCAAAUAACAAUACCAUCUCAAAGGGUGCAUUUACUUUAAUUUCCAAAAAUGGAAAGAAUUCAAAUUUUCCUUAUUUCUUGAAUUUCUCUUAAUAACAAUGGUUGUCAUAACCGUGAUCUACUCUGCUAUAAUACUUCUAGAAUAGUUUAAUACAAAUUCUAAUUACAUUAGCACCUAUACAAAAAUUAUAUUAAUUUGUACUUUUGGAUUUAUUGUAUGUGUAGUUGUCAUUUCUAAAAUACUUUAGCACUUCAAAGCCAUUAAAUUUGAAGUUUAAUAAUACUACCCAAGAAAUAUUGAUUAUAACAUUUAAUAUCUUAAACUCCUAGUGCAAGACUGA